AUGGAGGAGGCCCACGCGCUGGAAGAACAGGAGCCGAAUGGUGACGGCAGCAUGAACACCGAAGAGGAUGGCGCACGCUCGACGGCGACGCCACAAGUGCCGGCAGAGGCGCCUGAAUUGCCGCAUGCCAUUGCACGACUGGAAACCGUGGAAGACAUGAAAGCGCAAGAAGAUGCGGCAACAAUGCAAGACAGUGCGUCGCCGGCAGAGGCACUCGAUGGGGUAGAGGAGGAACACGCCGCCGAUCCCGAUGUAGAUGACAAUGCCACAGUGCCGGAGGAGGGGGAGCAGGACGGCAGCGCUUCCGCGGACAAUGCUGUUGCCGAAGCAGACGCGGCAGUAACGCGUUCGCCCAUCGUCGCAGAGCAUGAUGCGGACGGCGCUGUUGUGUCGGCUAGCGAGGACGGUGUUCAGGGGAAUACCAGCGUUGACAACGCCUCCGACGUAGCGCAGGUCGGCGGCGUUGGCAGCAACAAAAGUGAGAGUGAGGAGGUCCGAUCAGACCUCGGUGUGGAGGAAGAACCGACUGCAGCCGUAUCAGCGGCAGCCGAUGCUCCUCCUCAGGACACUAACGCUGGGGCAGUAGAAGACGCGCCUCCUGCAGCGAAGCCGCCCCAGGCGCUAAAAGGCGGUACUCCCUUGCCAGAGGCAACUGCAGAGCUGCCUACGCCGUCGCCGCUGCCUCCGCCACCACGGGAUCUGCCUAGGUGGCAAUCACGGCAGCAAGCCCCUCAGCCACAGCUGCAACAGCAGCAGCGGUCUGCUGCCGUGUUGCAUCACGGGGCUACACCAUCCGCCUCGUCCAUGUCUCCCUACACAACCAUCACCGGCGUAGAUGGUGUAUACGAUUUGCCUGAAGCGGAGCGCAUCUCCUUGGCCGCCGCGUCGCUGACCCCCAACACCGUCCUUGCCGUCUUUCGCCGCGGUGGCGAGAACAGCCACGUCAACCGGAUGGAGAUCGGCUCCUACUCGCGCUACCUGCUCUCGACCGAUCACAUGUCACCCCUCGUGUUUGAGGCCACCUUCCACGGCCACCAGCCCACCGUAGGCGUAGUGCCACGCAGCACCCUCAAGGGCUUUGGCAGCGGCAACGUAACGAACGACUACGCCGACGACGGUAUCGCGGCCAGGGCGGCGUCUGCUUCCUCGGCCCACCGCACCUACCAAUCACCGCGAUCCACCUUCUCGGCGGCACGCCAAACGAUGUCUGAUACUUUUGCCGAUAUCGCCGCCAGCAGCACCACCUUGCGCCGUGAAAACGACAUGCUGGACGAUGCGAACCUGUCAGCGCUCAGUGUGUUGCGUCGACAGCGCCGCCGAGAUCCGCGACAUGGCAAGUCGGUAGAUGAACAGCGCAACUACGUCUACUACAACCACCGCAGCAAGGGCUUCUUCGUCCCGCACGACCCAGCGCCCGACACAGUGAUGCUCCAGUACAACCACCUCUACAGCUUUGGCGACGGCACGCGCUUCGCUCCAGUGGGGUCGCCUCUGAACGGAAAGAACGGCGCAGCGGCAACGACGGCGCACCGGCGUAACCCACACGCGGCCCCGCCUCGCACGUUCGCGGAGACUCGUGGAAGCGCCUUUCCCUUCACCGCCUCUCAGCGACAGUACGCCUCGUACAACGGCACUGUCUACGGUGGCACGGCGCAGCCGCGCAGCCGCAUAACCAAGCUAGUUAGGGAGAUGUCAAGCUCCUCGAGUCAGACCAACCAGCGGCAGCGCGCGGAGACUCAGAAGGGAUCCAGCUCACUGCGCACAGCGAAGGCGGUGGACCUGGAACGACUGUACUGCACGCAGCUCCCUCGCCCACGCACGAUUGAGGAAGUCAUGGCGGAUCAGCCACAGCGGUACCUCUGUGGUGCUGAGGGAGUCCGCGGAGCGUUGGUGCAGGACAUCGAGCGAGACAUCGAGGACGGCAAGCUUCAGUGGGAAGAGGUGCCACCAGCCAUGCAGAAGGCGAUGACCUCCGCGACGACGGCAGUCACGGCGGUAGCACAGCGUCGGCAGCUCGGGUCCUCGGUAAGUCUGCCGGCGCCAUCAACCCUCUCCGCCUCUGGGCGACGGCCGCGUUGUGCCGAGUCGCUUGCCAUGGCACCGAAUGCACUGAAGAGUGUAAUGGGUCAGAUGCGUGCAACGCCCGCCACCACCGCCGCGUCGGGCGGUGCAGCAGCGAAGAUCAUGACCACCGCGCCGCCCUCCCCCGCCGCCGAGGCGGCGAGAGUGACGAGCUCUGCGUGCAUGACAGGCUCGGCAGCGAGCACGUCGCGGCGGAUGCCGAUCGGCUCCAUGGCCGCUGUGGCGGCUCUCCCUGCCAUCUCACGCCUUAACUACACACCUCGGCCAACGCAGCGAUCCAACCCAAGCGCCUUCGUUUGA